UCAGAAGAAAUCGGAUCGAUACAAGUUGUCAACAGUUGUCAAAUUGGAGUCGAGGAUCUUCCUUUUGAGUCUCUUUAAGAAUGGAUGUCGAUUUGUUGAUAUAUUUCUCCGUAGCAAUCAUUAUACUAACUAUCAUAUGUACUGCUCUUUUACAAGUCUUAGCUAAGCGGAACGAACGAGCCAACAUCCAAAAUGCUGAAGUGGAACCUCAGGGUCAACCUAGACAGUUGAGGCGAGUAGGUGCUGUAAGGAACGCCAGACGUCGUAUGCAGGAAAAUGCUAAUCAUGCUAAUUACCGACCUGAGGAAAAUGACAGACAGAUCUAUCAAAAUAACGAUGAGGAUGAAGAUCAUAAGAUAGGAACGAAAAAACGGGCAAAGUUAGCAGCUAAGGCAGAAAAGAAGAUCCAGAGAGAGGCAGCUGAACGAGAGAGAGAGGAACAUAAAAAAAGAGAACAAUUUUUACAAGAGGAAAGAGAUAAACAGGCUGAGAAAGAACAUGUUGAGCAACUACGAGCAGAAGAAGUAGAAAAGAAAGCUAGAGAGGAAAAAGAAAGGCAAGAAUAUGAAGAAUAUUUGAAGAUGAAGGAAGCUUUUAGCGUGGAAGAGGAAGGUUAUGAACAGGAAAACAGAGAAUGCGAAGAGAACUUAUUGCAAGAAUUUCUUGCAUAUAUUAAGCUCAACAAAGUGCUGGUUUUAGAAGAUCUAGCUGCACAUUUUGGACUGAAAACAGCAAACGUAGUAGAAAGAAUUCAAGAAUUGCAAGCUAAUGGUAAUUUAACUGGCGUAAUUGACGAUAGAGGAAAGUUUAUUUAUAUAUCGGAAGAUGAACUUGAAGCUGUUGCUAAAUUUAUGCGUCAACGUGGUCGAGUUAGUAUCACUGAAUUAGCUGAAAAUUCGAAUAAUCUCUGCUAA